GUGUCUAAUCCUGAGCCGUGAAAAAGGCAGAGUUGCGCCGAUUAUAAAUGUCGAUCGCCUCACCAGGGGCUACAUGGUUCGCAUUGGCCGCUGCGUAAAUUUGGCUAUACGCCACUGCGAGGGAGGGUAAAGACCUCCAUUUAUUUUCGUUACGAGGACGAAUUUCAGUGAGUUUGGUUCUUCUGGUUGGCGGAUUAGAUCCACCUUGUCAUAAAAUGGCCGUUAUUUACCUAAAGGCAGUUGUUUUCUUCCUGUCCGCCACGACAAGUUGGAGCCUAAGAAACGAUGGUUGGAAUUUCGACAUCAAAUUCACAGGGUUUCGUUUUACAAACAUCAGCAAAUGCCGCGAGAAAAGUUUCAAAUCGGGGCUGUAUAUGACCAAGCUUGUCCUACCUUACGGUACCCAUGGGGAACGGACUAUGUGUCUUGGUAUCUACUACAAGAGGGUGGAGUUGAGGGAGACGGGACAGGAAAAGAGUCUACAAACUACUCAAGCUGCACCUAACCCGCCAAGAGUAGCGUUUUUCGUCGGUCUGAAGAAUCAUAUAAAAUACCUACCGAAAGAUCAUUCCAUACUCAAGUUUGAUGAAGUGAUAACUAACGAGGGCGGUGGGUAUAACGUUACCGCGGGGGCGUUCAUUACUCCCAUCGACGGCAUAUACAGUAUCACCGUGACCAUUUCUCCUUUCAUUGAUGAAUGCACAUAUAGGAGCGACAACACCAACACUGCGAUUGGAAUAAUGAAGAACGAUGAACGAAAAUACAAUGUUACUGUGUGCAAACAUGUUUGGGAUGCAUCUACGGUUCGUGUGUUGAUACCUUUGAAUGAGAGUGAUCGAAUUUGGUUGAAAGUUGAAAACAAUGCAUCUACAUUUUAUGGUGACUUGUAUACAACAUUUUCAGGGUUUAUUUUAUAAGCCAGGGGAAGUUGUGAAUCCGGAUUAGUGUGACGUUGAGGCUGUAGUGGAUGAGAAUGUGAAAAUCAUGAAACAAUAACAAUUGCUUCAGUUUUUCUGGCGCCAUUUUGAACUCAGGCCACAUCGUGAUGAAGCAUGCAUACCACGUGAUAGGGCAGGUUACUCGCAAAACAUAAUCAGUUUGAACUGAUCCGGAAGAAAUGCUAGUCCUAUACCUAGGAAUAGACGUCCUAAUCGCAAACGGCUUCCAUGAGAAAGAUGACUGAUGAGUUAUUCAGUGUUGGUCUGGUGUGGUGACUGGGGACUUGGAUUCCAGGGGGUCUUGUAUUUCUACCACAUCGGUUCAUCAGCAACAUUGACUGUGCGACGCGUUCAGAGGUGGAAACAUAUGAUUAAACUUUCUUUAAGGGCAAUCGAUCAAGUUUUCUGGGCGACAUUGAUUACAAUUACAUGUACGUUUUCACCAUUUUAUGUAAAAAUCUGCACAUUCUCCAGAAAGUACCGAACGAAUCCCGGCCGAUUCCGACUAUUUUAACCCAAUUUUGAUGGCAUGAAUUUGGUAUUUGUGGCAAUAUCUGAUCGGGAAAUAAAACUUCGAAAACUAGUGCAAUAGUUAGCCUACGCUAUGACCCGCAGAUAUCGUUGGUCGAAACCUACGGCUGCAAUGAAGAAGCAGACCUCCUUCACUCUACCAAUUUGACACGUAACAGGUGUUUUACGAGAGACUAUGUGAACUCUGUAAAGCCUCAUGCGAACAGAGUCCCAAGGGCGCAAAUUGGACGUCAUCUUUCCGGCCAAGAUAGAACAGAAGCUGUCACUUUGGGUUCACAUUCCAAAAACUGCUAACCAUGGCGUUACGUCCUAAUUGUUGCUUUAUCUCUAAUUGGAAACACAAUAGAUAACGCUAAAUUAGGAUAACGCCGAUGUAAGUAACUACAUUUUUUCUUGGAACAAUAAAAACAAGGAAUAAAACUGAUUCUGGUUUCUCUCUUCUGGGCCCGGCUGUUUAGAAUACGUUUUGUCACUCACGCUGGCGUUUACAUAAUAUGGCGUUAAGUCUGACUGACUUAAAACGAAGGAGAUAACGCCAAGUUAAGGUAACGCCAGCGUUAGUGACCCGCAACUUGGUUUUGAACAACCAGGCAAGAUGAACUACAUGUAUUUCCUGAAUGCCUAUAUUGGCCUGGGCGGAGACCUGACGUUGGCAUAUUUUACUCUCAUGUCACUCGUAUAAGGUCAUUAAAAUCUUGAAGCACACGCAGGAUGUGAUUGCCAAAUGCAGUGGUCGCAUCCUCUGCAUCCUCUCCCUUUUUCUUCUGCGUUCGCUGUCCUGUUCUGGUUACGAAUGCUGUCGUCUGUCUCAAAUACGGUCCUGGUUACAGUAUAGCUUGAUCUUGAUGCAGGUACCGGAUGGCCAGAAUUCCUCCUUCAGGGCAGCUUGUUUUGGGCAUUUUGUAAGAAUGUGUCGCGUGUCGAGGAAGAGUUUAUCGCCUGGCCAGGGGUUAUAUGCAGCGUUCGCACUGACCGCUGCAUAAAAGUAUUAAGAUGACUUGUGAAAUUUUAUCUCAGUUCGAUCACUUCAAGGUGUCGCACAA